AUGUUGUUCCUGUUCCUCAUUCUGCCUCUUCCUCCUCUUCCUCCCGCAUACUUCUUCUUCAACCUCAUCUUCUUCUCCCCCGCCGCCCCACGUGCCGGUCUGGCAGGGUGAGUCCGCUCACUCUGACAGCCUACAAUGUUCGUUCACUUUUAGACAAUCCGCGGAGCAACCGACCGGAACGGCGGACGGCGCUAGUGGCUCGGAAACCGGCGCGCUAUAAGGUGGACAUCGCCGAACUCAGCGAGACCCGAUUCUCCGAACAAGGCCAACUGGAGGAGGUUGGUGCCAGCCACACCUUCUUCUGAAGCGGUCGGCCCAGGGCAAUGCGACGAGACGCGGGAGUUGCCCUCAACAUCCGGAACGACAUCGUGGGAUGACUGGCUUGUAUGCCGCAGGGAAUAGACGACCGCCUGAUGAGCCUCCCUCUGCCUCUCUGGGAGGCAAAUUCGCCACCAUCAUCCGUGCCUAGGCUCCGCCGAUAACCAGCCCCGAGGCCGCCGCAAGAGACAAAUUCUUGGUGACUUCAACGCCCGCGUCGGCACAGACCAUACUGCCUGGAGAGGAGUGCUGGGUCCCCAUGGUCUCCGCGGCUCCAAUGACAAUGGCCUGCUCCUUCUUCGCACCUGCGCAGAACAUCGCAUCAUCCUGACAAACACGUUCUUCUGUCUGUCGGAGCAAGAGAAGGUCACCUGGAUGCAUCCUCGAUCGCGUCGGUGGCACCUGCUGGACUAUAUCCUCGGCUGCGGGAAGUGCUGCUGACAAAGACGAUCGCGGGUGCUGACGGGCGGACUGACCAUCGCCUCGUCGUCUGGAAGAUGCGUAUAUGCCUACAGCCUCGCAGGAGACCACAAGGUAAUUGACCCCCAGGUAAGCUGAAUAUUGUCUUGUUGUCUUUGCCGGCUCACCAUCUUCAUUUCAACAACGAGCUAGCUCAACGGCUAGACAAUCUUCCAGUCGCUGCCACUGCCGAAAGCGCCUCCGUGGAGAACCGACAGUGUCAAGUGCGAGACACGGCCCAGUCGACGGCAUUGUCUGUCCUCGGUCGCGCACAUUGCCAACACAAGGACUAGUUUGACAACAACGACGCCGUCAUCAGCAGCCUGCUCGCUGAGAAGAACCGACAACGCAAAGCCUACGUAGACAACCCUACCGACGACCACAGAGCUGCCUUCUUCCGUUGUCGUCGCCUCCUACAACAGCGACUGCGCGAGGUGCAGUACGCCUGGACUGCUCGCAAAGCCGACGAGAUCCAAGGGUACGCGGACCGCAACGAAUGGAAGAACUUCUUCUCUGCGAUCAGAAAUUUCUACGGUCCGCCGACUAAAGGCACCGCUCCUCUCCUCAGCGCGACGGCAGUACUCUCCUCACUGCGAAAACACAAAUUCUACAGCAAUGGGCCGAGCAUUUCCGAGGCGUCCUCAACCGCCCCUCCACCAUCUCCGAAGCCGCCAUCGUCCGUUUGCCGCAAGUGCAGACCAACGCGGUCCUCGACCUCCCGCCCUUUCUCCAGGAAACCAUCAGGGCCGUGCCGCAGCUCUCCAGCGCGAAAGCACCCGAAUCGGACGCGAUCCCAGCUGAGAUGUACAAGCACGGCAGUCCCCAACUCGUGGAUCACCUGACUGCGCUCUUCCAGGAAAUGUGGCGUCAAGGUGAAGUCCCGCAGGAUUUUAAAUACGCGGCAAUCGUGCAUCUCGAUAAGCGGAACAUUAACCGCUAG